AUGGCGGUGGAGAAAGUAGCUUUGGUGACAGGGGGAAAUGCAGGCAUAGGCCUGACUUUGUGUGUGAGGCUGUUGACAACACAUGCUAACCUACGCCUGUGUCUGGCCUGUCGCAGCAAGGUACGUGGUGAAGCGGCAGUGUCUGCACUGCGACUGUCGCACCCUGGCUCGGACAUCAGCCUAGUCAUCCUGGACACCAGCUGUUUACAGUCAGUGCACAAGGCUGCCGUUGAGAUCAGAGGAAAGUACGAACAUUUAGACUAUGUUUACCUCAACGCUGGUAUAAUGCCCGUGUCUACGGUGAACUGGUCCAACUUCUGGCAGGAUCUCUUCUCAAGGAAAUGCAUCCAUAUGUUCGCAACUGGAGAAGGCUUAUUAAGACAGGUAGAUGGGACGAGUCCUGAUGGAUUGACCAAAAUCUUUGCAACAAAUCUCUUUGGCCAUUUCAUACUUAUAAAAGAGCUUGAGGGAAUCAUGGGAGGAAACAGUGAGCAGCAGUCUACGCAAAUCAUCUGGACAUCGUCCAGCAACGCCAAGAAGGGGUCAUUUGAUGCAAAUGAUAUUCAACAUCAACAUGGGUCAGAGCCCUACAGUUCUUCCAAAUACGCCUCAGACCUUGUCAGUGUGGCCAUUAAUGAUAGACUCAACCAUAAACAUAUAUAUUCGCACACGACGUGCCCAGGCUUAGUGAUGACCAAUCUGACGUAUGGAAUUUUACCGUCAUGGUUUUGGUACCUGGUCCUACCUCUCUUGUGGCUGUUACGGCUGUUCACGGGCAGCAUGACACAGUCUCCCUACAACGGCAGCGAGGCUCUGCUCUGGUUGUCUCUACAGGAACCCGAAAGUUUAGAUCCAUUAAUGAAAUAUCACAGUAGAGUGUCAAUACUGGGGAACAGAUACGUGGAAGCUGUUAAGAUGGACCUUACAAGAGCCUCAGCAAAGGACACUUAUAAAAAAUUGUCAGAUUUAGAGAACGAAUAUAGGUCAAGGUAUAGUCAGUCAUCCAGUUAGCGAUCACUUGACUAUGUACAUUCCUGGUUAUAUGGCCCUGGGGCAGGUUUCAUGAAGCUCACUUAACUAAGUAAGCCCUAAGUAUCAUGACAACAUAUGGCGUAGAAAUAUAAAGUGCACUUAGCCAAGGGUGACAACACGAAGUCAGCUUCAUGAAACCAUCCCUGGGUCUUGUUGAUAUUGCAGUAUAAAUUGUUGAACGAUGGAACGUGUAUGUUUUAGUAGAUACAGGCUUUCCACGGGCACACUAAAGUACUUGAAUUUUGUUUGAAAUGUUUUAAAAGUCUUGGAAAAAGACUUUAUUUUGGAAUAUUAGGCUAGGACUUUUCAUUGUUACAUUCAGAUGUAUUGUAUUAAUUAUUUUUUUAAAUAAGCUAAAAUAAGAAGUAAGGUUAAUCGUAUAGACAACUGAAAACUAUACGUAAAAAUACUUUCAUUUAUUUGUUUAGACUUUUUUGAGUGUUGACAGGCAUUCAAAUAUUUGAAUACUAUGGUGGGCUUUAUGAGCCAUACCGAUGGUAUCUAGGAACUCUGGCGUCACAUCACCUAAUUUCCAGAUGUUCACCAGAAGGAAACAGUUUUCGGGAACAUUAUUUCAGUAAUCUUUUACUCAUGGGUAGAAAGAGUUAUGACAACAUUGAGUGUCAUGAUUAGAGCGGGAUAAUCUUCCUCUGACAUCAGAGUUCCUAACAGCUGAUAGUAUUGUCCAUAAAGCCCACCCUAAAAUUCCAAUAUUUGAAGACCUCUAACUCUUUUCACAAAAAUCGAAAAAAAUGAAUAGAAGUAUGUUUACGCAUAAUUUAAGUGAUGCCUACUUCAAGUUUUAGAGGUCUUGUCCUUUAAAUAAGCUGCCAUUGUUUGAACUUAAAUUUUCCAUGAAAGUGCUGGAAACCAUAAAAUUUUAAAAUGCUACUUAAUUCCCAAGAAAAACCACUGCGGAAAUAUAAAAAUGAUUUGAAGGAUAAUCUAUAGAGCAGAGCUAACUCCAUAGUUCAAAAAGAUUUUAGGUGAGUAACUCUGUUUAACCCUAGAAAUGAGUCCUCAAAAUCUUCACCAGUUUCCGUAAAAUUUUCAUCUUGUGACGUGAUAAUAUUCCUGAUAUGAUGAUAAAUCAGACAGAUAUGAGGUGAAGGAAGGCAGUUACGCUGGAAUGAUAGCAUGCAUGUUUGAAAGUAUGGCGUCAUUUGUGUGAUGGAUGACGCCAAGUGUUCCUGCAUGACAUCACACCAGGUAAAAUUGAAGUCUCUGAAACUAAGAAUAGUGGUUUUAACACAUAUAAUUUUUUUGAAGAUAUAUGAAAACAAUUUAUACCAUCUCGAUUCUUAUCAUUUUACCCUGCUUUUAAGACCCACAGGUCUCGACUGAAGUAGCUCUUUAAGUGUUUUUAAAAAACAUUUUCUUUCAUGACUGAUAAACUGGAAUACAAGUAAACCAGGAAAGAUGGGUGUCGUCUUACAUGUGGCAAUGUUCUACAGGUACAGGUUACCGGCCAAGCUUACAAGUUCUCUAACAAAUUGUCUAGAAGUGAGCUACUUGUCUGUCUGAAGCUCGACUCUGGUGUGAGUGUGAAAUGUUUGUAGAACUCUUAAAUUAAGAAUUUAACAGAACAAGGCGCAGUUUCACAAAACUUAUUGAUUUUUUUGGUG